UUGCGCUGUUGUAGUGGUUGGGCCUCUUGCAUCAGCGCCACGCACACAGAAAUGUUCUCCACGGUAGCGAGGCACGUGGGUGUAGCCGCCCGCGCGGCGGCGCUGCGGCCCCAGCCGACGGCAGCAGCAGCGUGGCGGGCAAGUGCGGCUGCAUUGCCUCAGGUAGCGAGGUUCAGCGAUGGCGUAGGCGACGGCGGCAUCCCGGACACACACGACACCGGCCGGCAGAAGACAGAACGAGAGGGGGUGGGCUUCAACCGCGACCCCAUCCACCCGCCCAAGGGCUCGGGCACGAAGGCGAUGCCGUUCGAGGUGCCCUCGGAGCACCAGGAGCGAGUCGUCGGCUUCGAGCACCCGGAAUCUCACGCCAUGUACUGGUUCCCCCUCGCCGCGGGCAAGCUGCACUACGUGGAGGAGAUCGACAGGUACUUCAAACUCGUGCCGCUGUGAGGAGCGACUUGGGCCGGGAACAGGAAGGAGCGAACAGGAGGAGCUUACCCUUCAAAGGCGAAGGGAAUGGUUGGGUCGUGGAUUCCACGCGUGAACAACAUGGGGCUGCUGCUUUCUUGCUUUUGGAACGGAAACGAUGACACUGCUUACGGGAGGCUCCCAUUUAGGAGCGCAUGGGGAGCACAGCCGGGGAAGAGGGGGUGUGGGGUUAGGAGCUCUUGCGAAGUAGGGAUGCACGCUGCACUGCUGCCACGAGGACAGGAGCGAUGGAGUCUGCAAGCGCGUCAACGGUUAGCGACUAGCACUAAGAAAUCGUGAUGGUAUCUAGCCGUGUGUUUUUGAUGUAAUUUUGCACCUUGACCCCUCAUCGUGCGCGUCAUCGAAGCUCUGUAGAGGGGAACAGCGUAUGCUCAAGACACCGUGCGCAAGGGGGACUUCUGGUCCAUUCAGACUGAAAUCGUGGUGUGUGAUGUGCAGUAGCUUAUAGUAUGGGCUGCUUGUUUCGUCCACCCGUCGCCACUGCCGAGCUUGGUAUUUUGUAGUUUGGGGCCCUCUCAAAAAUCUCAAUAAUGCGGCAUGUUUCUUCUGGCAAAGUAGAUGUUGGCGCAGCAACCUUGGGCAUGUUUUUUGUUUCAGGACAGGUGGCAAGAGUAACAGCUUCGCUGUGAUUGCCAAGGCGUUAAUCAACCGGGGUGUUUUUAUUGACUCCCUGAGUAACUUGAAUGGGUUUUGUGCCUGCUGUUGUUGGUGCGUUCGUCCCUGGUUGGUAUGCACUUGCAGCAGCUGUGAAACGCGGCUCUUCACAAUAUCACAACAUUAAUAUUUAUGCCAUGUGUUGCCACGCG